AUGAUCUUUGCCAUUGAAGAAAUAAAUAACAGGAGUGAUCUUCUUCCUGGAGUAUCUUUGGGAUAUAAGAUCUAUGACACAUGUGGAUCAGUACCUUUGACUUUAAGAGCAGCUAUGGGUUUAAUGAAUGGAAAUGAGGAAACUCUCUCUGACACCUCCUGCUCCAGACCAGCUGCAGUUCAAGCUAUAAUAGGAGAAUCUGCAUCAUCACCCACCAUUGCAAUGUCAGCUGCAAUUGGGCCUUUUCGAAUCCCUGUGAUCAGUCAUUUCGCUACCUGCGCAUGUCUGAGCAAUAGAAGAAGAUAUCCAACAUUCUUCAGGACCAUCCCCAGUGACUAUUAUCAGAGCAGAGCCCUGGCUCAGCUUGUGAAGCAUUUUGGAUGGACCUGGGUUGGGACUAUUAGAAGUGACAAUGAUUAUGGCCACAAUGGAAUGGCUACUUUUGUGGAAGCUGCAGAGAAGGAGGGGAUCUGUAUUGAAUAUUCAGAGGUGGUUCAUCAGUCUCAUUCCAGACAAAAAAUUCUUAAGAACAUAGAAGUUAUCAAAAAGAGCACUUCAAAGGUUAUCGUAGCAUUUCUUGAGGAAGGAGACAUAAAUGCUUUAAUAAAAGAAUUAUCAUUUCAGAAUGUAACUGGUCUCCAAUGGGUUGGCAGUGAAGGCUGGAUUACAGCCAGUGAUGUUGCCACAGCAGAAGGCUAUAAGGUUCUAAGUGGAUCCAUUGGAUUUACUGUUGUUAAAAGUGAAAUAGAUGGAUUAAGAGAGUUUUUAAUGAGUGUCCACCCACCUCAGGGCCCAGGCAGCUCCCUCUUAAAUGAGUUUUGGGAAACUUCAUUUAACUGUUCGUUCUCAAAUAGAGACAAAGAGAAAAAAGCUUGCACAGGGUUGGAAGACCUACAAGAACUAAAGAAUGGAUAUGCAGAUGAAUCUGAACUAAGAAUAUCUAAUAAUGUGUAUAAAGCAGUAUAUGCUGUUGCACAUGCUGUACAUAACUUGCUUCAAUGCAAGAAAGAUCAAGGUCCUUCUGCCAAUUAUACAUGCAAAAAAACAAGCAAUGCUGAACCAUGGCAGGUGCUUGAGCAUCUCAACAAUGUCAGUUUCACAACCAAACAAGGAGAGACAGUCUUCUUUGACAAAAAUGGGGAUUCAACUGCAAGAUAUGAAUUAGUAAACUGGCAACUUGAUCAUAAAAGUGCUAUACGGUUUAUGACAGUUGGUUAUUAUGAUGCUUCGAAGCCAGCAGGUCAUCAGUUUGCCAUAAAUAAACUCAAUAUUAUUUGGACAGGUGGUCAGCAAGAGAAGCCCAAGUCCGUGUGCAGUGAGAGCUGUCUCCCAGGCACUCGAAAGGCAGUUCAGAGAGGAAGGCCUGUGUGUUGCUAUGAUUGCAUUCAGUGUGCUGGAGGAGAGAUCAGCAACACUACAGAUUCUAAUGAUUGUGUCCAGUGUCCAUUGGAUUAUUGGUCAAAUGAGAAAAAAGAUGAAUGUGUGUUAAAAAUAGUGGAAUUCCUGUCCUUUGGAGAAAUCAUGGGGAUACUGCUCAUGAUAUUUUCAAUGUUUGGAGCGUGUUUAACUAUAGGUGUAGCUUUUAUCUUCUUCAGAAACAAGGACACUCCUAUUGUUAAAGCCAAUAACUCUGAAAUGAGUUUCCUUCUGCUCUUUUCAUUGACUCUGUGUUUCCUCUGUUCACUUACUUUCAUUGGCCAGCCCUCUGACUGGUCCUCCCAGUGCUUCAGUCUGUCUAUCAGUGGAGAUUAA